CUUCUCUUUCUCUCAUCAUCUUCUGUCUCAACCACCAUGACUGUGAGUAGCCUCGCAGCCACCCAUACACUGCUGACCACCGCCCACAGCUCUACUACUCCAGUCAGUCCGCACAUCUACUCGCCCCUCCAACUCGCCGCCUCGGUGUACACCCGCUGACUCGUCAACAGUAUGCUUUGCUUUGCUCAUGGCCGAACUCGGCCUCUUCUGCACCAUCGUGUGCCCCAUGCCCUUCGCGCUCCGCAAAAAGAUGUUCCACUUCUUGAGCGAGAACCCUAUCGUGGCCAAGGUCCAAUAUGGUCUCAAGAUAACGUUCAUAUUUGUCGCUGUGUUGUUUGUUGAUGCGCUCCAGAGGAUGGUCAGGAUUGCCCAGGAAGGCGCCACUGCCAAGAUGAAGUCUGACAUUUCUGAUGUUCGCGCCGAGACCAACUACGCCGCCCGACGAUUCUACGCCCAGCGAAACCUUUACCUCACUGGCGCCACCCUCUUCCUCUCCCUCCUCCUCGCCCGUGUGUUCUACAUCAUCCUCGACUUUAUCACUGUCCAAGAGUCCUACACCGCCCUCCAGGCCAAGACUGCCAAGGGCUCUGGUGCCUCCGGGGAAGAGACUGAGAAGCUGAGGUUGAGGGUGCAAGAGUUGGAGGCCAAGGAGAGGGAUUUUGAGACCUUGAAGAAGCAGGCGAACCAGCAGAACACCGAGUAUGGCAGGUUGGCUGAUGAGCACAACAAAGCUACUGGUGCCGUGUCCAACAAGAGAGUUGAUUAGAAUUUUGCUUGCAUCGAUCGUCUGAAGAGACAAAUCAAAGAAAAGAGAGAAAAGACCAUGAUUGAUCAUAAAGUAUGAUGCGUGUAAUGUAAUAUGCAGGACGCGAUACACGGCCGUAGCACGGGUCUCACUUCGCAUAGGAACCCAGGGAUCUUCCAUAUCGCACGCACAGCCGCUGAGAUCCUGGAACAUGAUUGUCCCACAGAGGUGUAAACGUCUCGAACUGUGGAGUAGGUGCUGUCUCAAAGCUCCUGAACUAUGGGGAAAAUUCGGGGAUCGUCCUUUGGCGGUUGGAGGGGCCAAGAAGAAAAAGACUUGGGGGGCAUAUUCUUCCUUCCUCUGCGAACCAAAUAAUGUCCUCAAGGAAAAGAGGCUUGCGUUGACGGGGAGUUGCCAUUUUGACUCUCUUUCGGUUUGGUUGGAGGUCUGCUUGCUUGUUGUCCGGCGCUGUUGGGUGAUAAGAGGCUUGUCUCCCUGGUCCAUGGUGGGCGAAAGGCACUGAAGAAUAAUGAGAGGAGCGACAGGGGAAUCGGAGAGUGGGAUUUGAAGUGCUCAUGUGAGGGAAAGUGCAGGGGAAGAAGUGUGCAAGUGUACUUACGUCUUGACUUGGGCGGUCGGCGCCGCAGCGGGGAGUUUGAACACUGUCUCGCCCGCACGGCACGCUGCCUCUCCUCUUGCAGCUGCAAGCGUCGAGCCCCGGGCAACACAUUCUCACUAUGCCCCGCCCUGGCUCCGCCCCUAAAUCGUUUCCGUCCUUCGUGCCAGACGGGCCGUCGCCCUGUUCGUUGCCCGAGCGUCGAAUGGAUCAGAGUGAUGGAUGAUGAGAACGAAGGAGGGUUGCAUGUUGACUGAUGAUGAAGGCACUACGCAGCGGUCAUUCUCGAGCCGCUUCAACCUCUCGCCAAGAGACCUGUUCAAGAGCCAGAGUGAGUGAGUGCAACAAGGUAGGUGUAAUUGUCACUAGCUUCGCAGCAAGGCGAGAGACAUGCGCAUGGUCUUAUAUUAGGUCUUAAACUCUGAGGAGUAGGGGACGCGGCAUCAAGCCAAAGUGUAUUGGUUAUUGAAAUUUAUAUCUUGCUCGUUGCUCCAGCAUUGCUGGUGGUCUUGAGCUCUUCCCAGACGACGGCAUUUACGACACUUUGCUCCACACAUGAAGCACAACUUUUGUACCCUUGUACUGUUAGUUUCUCCCCGGGCCUGAUAGCACCAGCUAGCGCGAAAAGCAACUAGGCCGGACACCCUCGUCAUCACAAAACAUUGACAACUUGGUUUCGUCUCCUCAUCAGCACCGCAGAGGCGUGCCUCCCGCAUUACCUGCAUCCAGAGCAAAGAAGGGGAUUCUCAUUCCGUAUUCCAAAACGCUCUGAUCGUCCAAGGGUCCCAGGCAUAAGACUUGCUCGCACCAUUGUCUCUAUCGUCUAUCGUCGACCCCAUAUCCAUAACACGAGAGAUCGAGGCAAGGUGGAUGAGAUAUCAGGAGGCCCGGGAGGAACCAGGAGCAGGUUCUUUUGAUUGCAGGAUGGUGGGGUAAAGGGUAGUAACGGCGGCCACGGCGGUCGAUGCCGCUGAUGGGUGACAGCAUCGUUAGCUAACCUCGACCUCGGCCGGAAGUUCGGAGUUGAUGAUGUUGUAAAAGACCCGAUUCCGGAAUAGACACUGCACUCAAGACGA